CUUACAUACAUACAUCACAUCCAUUUUUCGGCUAAAAAUUUUCUUCUAUUUUGGCAUUAAUUUUUGGAACAAAAUUAUCUAAAUUAAUUUCAUAAUUAAUCAGCUACUAUAACAGGCACAUAAUGGGUUCAAUAGGUCCGGGGCCAGCUUAUACCCUGCCAUCAACAAUCGGUUAUGAAAAACAUGAUCAACGCAAAGUGCGUAGUCCACAAUAUACAAUGGGUGGAAGGUUAAAAGAUCGAAAAGCUAGCAUAACACCGGGACCUGGUAUAAAUACACAGGAUUUGACGCGUUAUGGACGAGCUACAAGCAAAGUUUAUAGCAUGGCACCUAGAACGUUUGUUAACGAUGCAAAAAAUAUUGGUCCAGGCCCAGCGAAUUAUGAUUUAUCGAAAAGAGCUUACGUAAAUUUCACAGCACCGCCCUCAUAUUCUCUGGGUCGGCGCAAUAAUAUUAAUUUUAAAAAUCAGUGUCCCGGGCCGAAUGCUUAUGGUAUUAAAGAUGGCAUGGUUAAAACAUCAGCUCCAGCUUAUAGCAUAGGCAUAAAAACCGAUACAAAACCUAAGGCAGGCUCUCCAGGACCGGCAAAUUACCCAGCUGGUAAUUUAAAAACAACAAUGCCUAAAGCACCAGAAUAUUCAAUGUAUGCUCGUUCAAAUCUAAAUAAUAAAUCAAUUGUGCCUGGAGCUAAUGCCUACGAUCGAGCGAACUACAAGCCUGGCAAAUCAUCACCAGCAUAUUCGUUUGGUAUUCGGCAUUCUUCGAAAGCACCACCCAUGAUAGUGCCUUGUGAUAAAGUAUGAAUUAUGAAACAAUCAAUUGAAACAAUCAAUUGCAGCACUAGAGAAGAACAUUGUAAUAUUGUUCUUUCUGUCUGUUUGUUUUAUUGCUAUUAUCAUAUUUUUUUAUAAAUGAAAAAUUUUAAUAGUAGUAGGAUUACAAUCAGAUAUGUAUGCAAUUGUAUUGAUUUAUCAAUUAACUGUAUAUAUUACU